AUGGGAUUAACUGACAAAUUGAAAGGAUUGAAGAAGGACGACUUCGACAGCGCCAACGAGCAAGCCGGUAAGUAUGGUGGUAAGGACGGCCAAAAAGGAACUGACAUUGCUCAAGAGAGAUACAAGGAAUACUCGGGUGGUAAAGGUGCCCACGGCGCCGACUCUGCUGCUGGUGUAGGCGGUGGUGCUGCCGCUGGAGCAGCCGGAGGAUACGGUGCUGGUUCAUCAGGUUCUCACGGUGCCGACGCUUACGGUAACCAAUCUGGCACCUCCGGUGCCUACGGUAACCAAUCGGGUUCCACUGGUUCUACCGGUGCUUACGGCAACCAAUCUGGUGCUUCAGAUGCUUACGGAAACCAAACUGGCUCCACCGGUGCCUAUGGUAACCAAUCAGGUUCCACCGGUGCUUACGGAAACCAGGCUGGUGCUUCCGAUGCUUACGGAAGCCAACCAUCAAGUGGACACCACUCUGGCCACCACUCUGGUGCUGGUGCCGGUACUGGUGCCACUGCUGCCACUGGUGCUGCCGGUGCUGCUGCUUACGGAUCAUCUGGCCACGGUUCAGCUGGUCAAUCCGCUACUGACUCAUACUCCAAAGGUGGCUACGGAAACGACGCCACCACCACUGGUAAAACUUCUGGUCACGGUCACCAAUCUGGCUCGUCUGGUUACGGUCAAUCUGGCUCGUCUGGUUACGGCUCUUCAGGAUACGAAGAUGCUUCAAAGAAGGCCUCAUCCACCGCUUCUCACCCAGGUGCUUCGGCCAACACAUACGACAACCAAACAUCCAACUACGGCACUACUGGCACAGGAUACGGUUCAUCGACUGGUACCGGUGCUACUGCUGGAACUGGUGCUGGUGCAGGUACCGGCUACGGUUCAUCCACCGGAUCAACUUUCAAGACCGGUAACGACACCUUGGACUCCAAGAUCUCGCAAUUGCCAGAACAUUUGCAAAAGGAGGCUCACAAUGAGUUCAACAAGGGUUACGAAGCUGCCAAGUCCCAGUACAAAUCAUAA